AUGGACGUUCAGAAAUGUUUCCACAUGAAUGGCGGAGUUGGGGAGACUAGCUACUCCCAGAAUUCUUCUCUUCAAAAGAAGAACUCCGACAAGGCGAAAUCUAUAACCCUGGAAACAAUCCAGCAAAUCUACCUAACCACGACGCCAAAGAGCUUAGGGAUUGCGGAUUUGGGUUGUUCUUCUGGGCCUAAUACAUUGUCCAACGUAAAAGAUAUAGUGGAUGAAAUCGAAGAGAUUAGCCGGAAGAUUUCGCAACCAGCUCCUGAAUUCCGAGUUUAUCUCAAUGAUCUUCAUACCAACGACUUCAAUGCCAUAUUCCAGGCCUUGCCCAAAUUCUACAGCGACCUGAAAGAUCAAAGGAGUCCCGGAACGCCUCCUUGUUUGUAUAUGGCCGCUUCCCCUGGAUCUUUUUAUGGAAGGCUUUUUCCGGAUGAAUGCUUGCACUUCGUUUAUUCCUCAAACAGUUUGCACUGGUUAUCCAAAGUUCCUCCCGGAAUUUAUGACAAAGAGGGCAAAUCAAUCAACAAAGGAAGUGUUUAUAUUACGGAAAAGAGCCCUCCAGAAGUGGCACAAGCUUACACUCAACAAUUCCAGGAAGAUUUCUCUUUGUUCCUGCGUUUAAGGUCCAAGGAGCUCGUCUCCGGAGGUGGGAUGGUGCUGAUUUUUCUGGGGAGGGACGGUCCAAAUCAUAUCGAUCGUGGGAACUCUUUCUUCUGGGAAAUUCUCUCUCGAUCAUUUGCGGAUUUAGUCCAAAAGGGGAAGGUGGAGGAGGAAAAACUUGAUUCAUACGACGUUCAUUUCUAUGCACCAUGGAGGGAAGAAGUGGAAGAUUUGAUAAGAAAAGAGGAAUCUGUGAAGCUGGAGAGGAUUGAAAUGAGUGAAAUAGAGACAAUUGGUGGAGCCGGAAUCAGCUAUGGAAGAAAGGUGGCUAUGGCGGUGAGAGCAAUCCAAGAGUCGAUGAUUACCCACCAUUUUGGAGAGUCAAUCUUGGAAGAUUUGUUUGAGGUGUACGGGAGAUUGAUUGAUGAGGAAAUGAUGAAACAAGACAUUAGAGCUUUUACUACUGUUGUUGUAGCUCGGAAAUUAUGA